AUGGAAUUGCAUGAUGCAUCUGCAGCAGUAUCUCUUGAGAAGUUCUUGGGUAAUACAACUAUUGUAACCUUUGUGUUAGCUUCCUCAGAUGAUGUUUCUAGUGCUUUGAUAUGUGGAAGAACCCCAGUUACCACCAGCAGCAGGAUAGUAGGAGGUCAGAACGCUUCAGCUGGACGCUGGCCCUGGCAGGCUAGUGUCCUCUGGCAAGGCAGCCACAUCUGUGGAGGUUCUCUCAUCAACAAAGAGUGGGUGCUGUCUGCAGCCCACUGCUUUAAUAGGGAUACUGCAUAUUUUUACACUGUGUUGUUGGGGCAACAGACCCAGGAAGGCUUCAGCCCCAAUAAAGUGUUCAGAUAUGUGAAAAUAAUCAACAAACAUCCUAGUUACAACCAUUUAACAAAUGACAAUGAUAUUGCUCUUCUCAAAAUGAGCUCUCCAGUCACCUUCACUGACUACAUCAGACCCGUGUGUCUAGCAGCUCAUGACAGUGUGUUCAACAGCGGCACAGACAGCUGGGUCACUGGAUGGGGAAACAUUGGUGAAGGAGUGCCCCUUCCAUCGCCUAAUGUUCUACAGGAAGUGGAGGUUCCUGUAGUUGGUAACAGACAGUGCAACUGUCUCUAUGGAGUUGGAAAUAUAACAGACAACAUGAUCUGUGCUGGUCUACUGGAAGGAGGCAAGGAUUCAUGUCAGGGUGAUUCAGGUGGUCCAAUGGUGAGCAGAGAGAGCUCAGUAUGGGUUCAGUCUGGUAUCGUUAGCUUUGGGACUGGCUGUGCUCGACCUGAACUUCCCGGUGUGUACACCAGAGUAUCAUGUUAUCAGGAAUGGAUCAGCUCUAUUGUUUGCAGCGAUCCUCCAGGUUUUGUGCAGUUUACCUCUGCUGGAGCUAACCCUGACUACAGUUACAGCUGUCCUGCAUUUCCAAGGCAAGCCAUGCCCCCUGUGGGUGUGGCCUCCUCCUAUGCGCAGGCGCAAGGAACCUGUCUGGCAGACAUCUGUCAAGCUGCGGGCUGGGCGAAACCUAACACCUUUGCAAGGUCAUGCAAAGGGGGUGGGGUUUGUGAUGUGCUAGCCAAGAUAACCUCCUGCUACCAUCUGCUAUGGGAGCUGGAUGACACUGAAAAGGGAAAAGGAAAAAGUUUAGAAGUAGCAGCAGGAAAGACUGAGAUGUAA